AUGGAAGUAAAACAGGAAGUUAUGGAAGAGACGUGUAAAAUAGAAAUAGUUGAUAACGAGGUUCAUAAUGCUCUUCUAGGUACCUUUAAAACUGAGAUUAAGGAAGAACCACAUACAGAAAGUGCACAUACUGCUUUCGAUUAUUUAAAUUGUAAGAAAGAUCCUUUAAAGACAGAAAUAGAAUACGAUGAAGAUAAACUGUGUCUCCUUAAAGUAAAACAACAACAUGAAAGUAAGUAA